AUGAAUAUAUAAAUACACAUCACUAAAUAUUGAACGACUUAUAAAACAACCAAACAACAAUAAAAACAAAAACAUUACCAGCGAACAGCUUACUCACCAAAACAUAAAACUCGAUCCAAAUUCCGUUUCUCAUUUCCUCCCCAGCUUCGGACAACGGAACAAGCCAUGUAAACGAUGCCUUCUCAUUUGCUUAGCAUACUCUUCCUAGUGGCUUUGCAUGGUAUCGAUAACCAGGCAAAGAAGCUUUACACUUGGCCAUGGGAAACUAUUGAUAAUUGGACACCUUUAGACCUCUUAGAAUGGGGUCAUUCCGUGGCACUGAGGACCACAGACUGUUUGGAUUCUGAACCGAUCCGGACAGGUGACGCAAGCACGGACAACAUGACAGUCGCAUGGUGCCGCAUGACAGGCAGCCAAUGCAACUUACUCUGUCAUGGAUUUAGGCACUCGCAUUACCUCGUCACGAAUGGCACUUGCGUCUGUGCAAAGAGUCCUCAGGAAAAAUUCACCAAGGUCGACAAAACCUUACGACUGCCCUCUUGCUGGGAUUAUUACCAUCUUGGCAACACUGUGGCUGGAACAUAUCUGACGGAGAAGAAGAGACUUCCUUGUAACACUGAAGACCGAGCGAUGUGCGAGGCAAGUCUGUUCCACGGCUCCUCCAUUCUGCUGUCAGAGAUGACCCAGCCUGACCCUGACCCCGGCUUCGUGUCCAUGAUCAAUGACCUUUCACCUUAUAUAUUCCCUCCGACGCCUUUUUACACUUCGGAAGACGGAAUUAUUGAGGUACACUUCGACCACCCUGUCCUUGUUCACGGCAUAAGCAUAUACGGAAACGCUUCCUCUGCGUCUCUUGUGUCUUCUUACCAGAUUUACUACACUUACGACAACAGCGAAGUGUUUAAUGUGACGAACUUCGUAGAUUAUCAUUAUUCUGAAGAGGACUAUGGCGACGUAUCAACACUGUACACAGGCUUCGUCUCAGCAAAUGGUACAACCACUACCACGACCACUACGACUACUACACGACCUCUCAGUACAACGACCACUGCCCCUUCCUAUGCGUUUCCUAAGCCUCCUUUGGUCAAGCAUCAUGAACUCCGUCCGUUCGUGGCAACGUCGGUUAAGAUAGUGCUGUUGGAAACGCCUGUGCAACUGAAGUUGGACAUGUGGGGCUGUAAAUACGACCCAGACGUGGAUGUAAAUCACGCGGUCGGACAAAGUUACGGAUGUUAUUGGUUCAAGACAAGCCAGAUCACCGAAAUGUCUGUGGUGAGCGGCUAUACUACGGCAGACUAUGCUCGGUACUACAGUAGGAGAGAAAUCGAGAAUGCAACACGAGUCUCCUGCACCCGGUCCCUGCUCUUGGCUCUUGGAACUGGCCAGGCGGGAGAGCUCUCACUUACACCAGGAUUACUUAUACCUGUGAUGAAUGGACUCUCUUCAAGGUAUUUAUAA